CACGUGCAUCGCGCACAGUCGGCUUCGAUUUUCGGUGCAAAGUGAGUGCACGCGCGUGCAACCGAUUUAUCCAUCAAUCAUAUUCAUAGGCAAGGCAAUCCGAAUCCGUACAGUCAAAGAUUGGUCAAUCGAUCGGUUCCAACAAAUGAAGAUUAUUACAGCUGUUGAUUGCACACCACACACCAACUGAGCAUUAUAACCGAUGACGAUGCGAAGAUGCUUUUGGUUUCGAUCGCCGCGAAUGUCUAGUUCAAUCUAGUUACUGAUUCGGAAAUUUGUCCAAAGUGUGUAACGUGUGAUUCGGUUCGGCUAUCGCGUUUAAGUUUGCAUAUUUUUUUGCUUUUUCUGAGCCGUUGCUAUUGUAAAAGUUGAAAGAGAUAAAUAAUAAUUUUCUGUCAGGCUAGUUUUUUUUCAUGGGUCGGUUGAGAUUGAAGUGACCACUUCACGUGCCAAUCCGGAUUUUUAGCUGAUUAUACAGGAAAUAUUGUUUACUUGAACGAAUACCAACGGUAACGGCUUAAAAAUAGCUAAUUAGUGACUGAUUGAGGAAGUGAAAGAUAGUGUUUUAAGCUCAGCAACAAAUUGAAGCCAGGGAAGUUUGACUCAUAAGUGAGAAAUCGUGCCAUUUUGGAAAAGUGCAUUUCAACCCCACCAUCAAAAGAAGUAUCAACACAGAGAAACCGUGACCUGUCAAUCAGCGGACAGUGCAACCGUACAGUUUCUACAAAAGCGACACACAACAGGCACCACCGAGAAGCAGGCUGACGAGGAACCAGUUGACGCAAGGUUUUCUGUUCCCAAGGAGUUGCGAAUCAAGAGUGUGCAGUAACGGCAAUAGACUGGCCCACUCGACGGCGGCAAGAAGACGACGCCUGCUUUGAUGCAUAUUUCUGCCAUCAAACGCCGCAACGAUGUUGGGCUAUCUCGCUUCAUCAUUGUUAGUUAUAAGCACCAUCUCCUCGAUCGAUUCGAGUACCGCCGGUCCACUGGAUGCGCUCAGCUGGGCCCGGAUGGACAACAUCAAUUUACCGUGGUUACCAUAUGAGAACAUGACCCGGUGUUACGGCGAGCUCGGCUGUCUGAACAUCACCAAAGAAUGGUACCAUCUGAUAUUCCGACCGUUUAACGUGUUCCCUCUGCCUCGAAGCGUCAUCAACACCCGCUUCAUCCUGUACACCGAGAAGAACCCAACGGAUGGUCAGCUGCUGCAAGCGGAGGUAAAAGAGACCAUCAUGAAAAGUCACUUCCGGUCCGAGUGGGAAACGAAGUUUAUCAUCCAUGGCUUCAUCGAUACCCCGUUGUCGAACUGGGUGUCGGAGAUGCGGGAUGAACUAAUAACCCGUGGUGCUCUGAAUGUGAUCGUUGUCGAUUGGGCAGGAGGAUCACUUCCACUUUACACUCAGGCCACAGCUAACACGAGGCUGGUAGGGUUAGAAAUCGCAUAUCUGAUCAACAAGCUAUCAGAGUACAAGGGAUUGGAGCCGGAGGAUGUUCAUCUGAUAGGACACUCGUUAGGAGCCCAUACGGCUGGGUAUGCGGCGGAAAGGAUUCCCGGACUGGGUCGAAUUACGGGACUAGAUCCUGCCGAACCGUAUUUCCAGGGGAUGGAUCCAAUCGUGAGACUAGAUCCAGGCGAUGCAACUUUGGUGGAUGUGAUUCAUACGGACGGUCGAAGUGUGUUCAGGUUGGAAAUACCUGGGUACGGAAUGUCACAUGCAUGUGGUCAUUUAGAUUUCUAUCCCAACAAUGGUAAAGAACAGCCGGGAUGUGCACUGUCGCAGGAAGGGGCCGCAACGAUCCCACUUACACUGAUCAAAGACGGGAUCGAGGAAGCAUCUCGAGUUCUGUUAGCGUGUAAUCACAUUAGAGCAAUCAAAUUAUUCAUCGAUAGUAUUAACGGAAAGUGUCCGUAUGUUGCUCAUCGUUGCCCAUCUUAUCAGCACUUCCUCAGUGGGAACUGUUUCAAGUGUACUUCUGGAAAUUGUGCUCUCAUGGGUUAUCACGCAUCGUUACCGAUUACGACCACGAGGCAAAACAUUUCGGAAAAUGACAUCGCCGUUGGAUCGUCUAUUCCUGUUGCUCCUCAACCGGGUAAAUACUUUCUGGCCACGGGACGAGACUUUCCUUUCUGUCAACGCCACUAUCGAUUCACCAUUGAACUGGCGAAGCCGAAAUCGGCCGAAACCUGGGUGCAAGGACAUCUGACGGCUGGUCUCUUCUCCGAGCGAGGUGCCAUUCGCAGCAUUGACCUCACUCCGAAGGGAACGGCACGGUUUGAACACGGAACCGUCUACCAGGUGGUCGUUACGAACCCGCACGACCUCGGCGAUCGAAUCCGCAAGGUGGAACUAGCGUGGACACACGAUAUGAACGUGCUAGAACCAACGACGCUAUGUUUGCUGUGGUGCAACAAUCACCUCUACGUCAAAUCGAUUCAGGUCGAAACCAUGCAGAUGCCAUCGAGGGAGAAACGUAAUACGGAGUAUUCCAACAAAUUGUGUGCCCCAAAGCGCGAGUUCGCCGACAUUGCCAGCCGUGGAUCGUACUCGUUCUACGACAACUGCAAACGACAAACUUCCUAGUGCUGCUCCACCAGGAAACAGGAACAAUUUUAACGCCUAGCUAAAGCAAACCGAAAGUCCUCUAUAGCCACUUACUUCCCACCCCAGGACACAAGUGGAAUUAGGGUCGAAGGAGAGAGAGAUUAUAGUUGUUGUUUUUUCAGCAUCCAGACUAACCGCAAUAUCAUGUAUUAUCUUAGAUAAAAGUUGACCCCAGUUAUCAAAUCAAUUUGCUAGUGUUAAUGGUAGCAAGAUUUCAGUUGAUGUUUUUUUUCAUUUGUUAUCUAAACAAAAUUUCGAGUAGGAUGCUUGAUAUGUGAUUUCUAUACGUUUACAGCUAUUGUUAAUUCACUGAAUGUGUGAUCGAGGCGAUUGAGAUGAAUGUUUGAAGCUGAAACAGAACCUUUCUUGAGUCAUUUUAUUCCUUUAGUAAUUAGUAGAGACUAUACCAUAAAGAAACCACGUGUUCCCUACAUUACAACUAUAUAUUUGAUUGUACAAAUUUAGAACGAAAGAAACGAGAAGUAACCGAUUACCGCGUGCUUUUAUUAUUUUAUAGUGUAAGAUUAUUUCUGUGAAAUUUAAAUCUGUCUUCCCUAAACUUGAAAAGAUUACCUGUUGUUAGGGUUAAAUUUUCAAUCGUUAGUCCCGAAACAGUUUAGUUUGGGUACAAUCGAUACUUUUCAGGACCAUUCAUACGAGGUUAGCCAGCAGAAGAAAUGCAACAAGUAGGCAUUAGAAGCAUUUCCAGGAAAAAGAUCACAGAAAUUGCCAAAAUUAAUCACAAACCUCUUUAAUAGGAACGAACCUUAAUUGCUUAAAACAUUACGGAUGAAUUAUAUGUUAGCCUAUGGAACACUCUCCUGGAAUCUGAGGAUGAUUUUGUAACUUCCAAUAUACCAAGAUAUUUUUUUUUAAAUACAGCACCCAGUUUUGGAUCUUCUUCUCGUGCCAGCUUAGGUUUUCCCCGACAAGAUCUGGUCCUUUCAAAACCCGUCAUCACCAUUUUAAAACAGAUCCUCUUUAUUUCUAGUACAUUGUUCUUAAAAAAACGACCAUACUUUUUGUUCUUUA